AUGUCCUUCGCAUCUUUCCCCAUAGAGACGCUCGCCAUCCCCCCCAACCUGCGCGAUGCUGCUUUGAGAGCCGACUUGACGACUCUCAAGAUCUUGACGUAUACUCUGCCCCGUCUUGCGGACGCUCUCAAAUGCAAGCCGCCCUUCGCCCAAGAUCUCGUCAAGGCCGUCGCGCGAGCUGUGGCCCCGAAGAGCGAGACUGCUUCGUCGAUCUACAAGACAGAAAACCCAACGCCUGCCUCAAAACUCGGGCCUUCGGGUAGGAAUGGGAGAGGAAAGUGGCUAUCAACGGGUGACGCAGGGUUUGACGAAUGUCUUGGGGGAGGACUCAGGAGGGGAAGCCUGUAUGAGAUUACUGGUGAAAGUGCAUCUGGGAAAUCCCACUUGAUCCUCUCUCUCGCCAUCGCUGCUCAACUCUCAUCCUGCUCAUCUUCACCCGGCUCUUCCGUGGUCCUGACCUCGGAGCGCGAUCUCUCCACAGAUCGCCUGGUCGAACUCUCCCGCUCCCUCAUCGCCACGCACGAACCUUGCGCGCACCCCAAUACGCUUGCAGCAGACAAGGCGAUGAACAAGAGAGUCAAAGAGAUCACAGACAAUGUUCUGUCGAAUCGUGUCGGUGAUGUGGACGCGCUGGAACACACUCUGAGCUAUGUCAUACCGCCUCUGCUCGAAAGCAGAAUCAAAGCCUCUUCUCGCCCAUCUGCGUCGGGUAAAUCCGCCAUACCAGUCCGGCUACUUGUACUUGAUUCCCUGACUGCUCUUCUGCGUGGAGGCUCUACAGCCCCGAGCGAUAAACCUACCGCACCCUCCUCGCUUUCGUUGACAGAGCGCUCAAAGCACCUGUGUAUCGUCACCGACCUGCUAAAGGCUCUAGCAGUCAAAUACGACCUCGCCGUCGUGGUGAUCAACCAAGUGUCUGACGUAUUCAUCCGCAAUCCUUCCAAUACACCUUCGUCUGGAUACCAUGGCACUCCAGUCACUGGCGAACCUCCUUCGAGCGGCUGGAACCAGACCCAGCCUUUUGGCCCGGGGAUGACUGCAUCGUUCAGCUCAGACUCUGAACCGCCCAUGACCUACGCACGGCAGUCGCGCUGGUUCUCUGGCCAAACGGAGGUGCUGCAGAAAGAAGCGAGCUUAGGGCUGGUAUGGGCAAACGGCGUGAAUGUGAGGGUCAUGCUGUCAAGGACAGGGAGGAGGAGGAUGUUGUAUCAGAGUGAUCUGAGGCCUGCAAAGCGGCGGAGAGGUGGUGAUGAUGAAGAUGACGAAGACGGACAAGCAGGAGCGGGUGUCGAGGUGGACAAGGCAGAACCGACUCUGAUCCGACGGUUACACGUCGUGUUCUCUCCCUUCUCACAGUCGGCUACGAUAGACUACGCCAUAACCCCAAGCGGAGUUCAUUCUCUACCCGGAAGCUACCAGAAGAUCGACCCAGUCACCAAUAUGCGCAAAAAGUGGGGAUAUGGCGAUGAGCCGGCGUCGCAAGGGACGCCGGGGUCAGUGGAGGUACUGGGCGGAGGGACGGCGGAAUCAGAGGCAGACGCGGUGUGGGAUGGCGACGAAGUGUAUGAUGACUUUGGGGAACUGCCGGCUGAAUUUUGGGAUGGAGUGCUGGCUGGAGAGAAUCAGGCGAGCGGACAAGGGCAGCUGGGAUGA